UGCGGCGCGGCGCGGCGCGGCGGCCCGGGGCUGGGCUCGCUGCUCCAUCAUGGCGGACGCGGCGGUGGCCGAUACCCGGCGCCUCAACUCCAAGCCGCAGGACCUGACGGACGCGUACGGGCCGCCCAGCAACUUCCUGGAGAUCGACAUCUUCAACCCGCAGACCGUGGGCGUGGGCCGGGCGCGCUACACCAGCUACGAGCUCCGCAUGCGGACAAACCUCCCUAUCUUCAAACUGAAAGAGUCUUGUGUGAGGAGGCGAUACAGUGACUUUGAAUGGCUGAAGAGCGAGCUGGAGCGAGACAGUAAGAUUGUAGUGCCACCACUGCCUGGAAAAGCCUUGAAACGACAGCUUCCAUUUCGAGGAGAUGAGGGGAUCUUCGAGGAGUCUUUCAUUGAGGAGAGGAGGCAGGGACUAGAACAAUUUAUUAACAAAAUCGCUGGGCACCCGCUGGCACAGAACGAGCGCUGCUUACACAUGUUCCUGCAAGAGGAAACUAUAGAUAGGAAUUACGUCCCGGGGAAAGUCCGCCAGUAGGAGAUCCUGAUGCUCUGUCUUCCUCCAUUCCACCCACCCUCCUGCAGAAAUGACAUUUAUUUUUACACUAAAUCUGUCUUUCCCGAACCAGCUUUUCCUCUCUGAACCUUCCCGUUUGUCCAGUAUUUUUCUUUUUUGUAUCUGGCAGCAGUGUUGUGUUCAGAUGAGCUUUGAUAUCUGCCAAAGGGUGUGAAGAUUUAAGCCAUGAAUCUGCUGUUGUGCACCUGGUGGCAGGAGUAAGUGUGAGGGUGGGGCACGAACUGUUUUAGGGCAUUAAUUACAAUGUGACUGGGCUGCCCCUUCCCUGUGAAAAGGAGUAUAAGAUGUCCUUCCAGCCUCGUCCUUCACCCCCCUGUCCAUGCGGCCUCAAGCAUUGUAAAGAACACCAGAGCAGAACAGUGAUUGUCACAUAGGUCAGUGACUGCAGCAAGUUUUAGGAUUUUAGUAGGGUGUAACCAAAAACUGAGCAAGCAGGUGCCAGGUAGGAUGUCCAGUCCCUUCCUUAUCCCCACAAUCAAUCUCCUUCCACCCUGCAUGAAACCUUCAUCCUGUGCUGUCUGCAAGUGCUGAGACCAAGAUUCUACUCUGACCCUGCUCCAGAUCUCCUGCAUUACAGGCCUGCUCAGCAUAGCAGUGUUUAUCCCUCUCCUCUCUAACGUGCUGCUGGCAGCUUUGGGGAUGUUUGUGCUGUCGGUGAGUUCUCUAGGUGCUCUGAGAGUGCAGCCUGAUGGUGGUGUGAAGGUGGGUGGAGUUGGGCCUGGGCUGCCCAGGCAGCAGAGCAGGGACAGCUGAUGAGUUCAGAAAAUACCACAGCUUGCUCUUAACUGGCAUGCUGCAGAGGAUGUCAAUAGAGUUGCACUGGCCUUGUCUCUCCAAAGACUUGGCUCCCAUCCCUGUACCUGGAGGGAAAGGUCCUGCCCAUCACUGAGAAGAGAGAAUGGGAGGGGGGAAUAGGGCAUGGUCACUCCCAGACUGCAUAGUGCUGAGUGGCUGCUAUUUAGUUCCCAUGCAGAAGCGUUCCAGUCACCUAUGUCUGGAGGCAGGAGAUUUGUGAUCAGGAAUCUGCACUGGAAGUGUGUCUUUAGAAUGGCAGCACAAAUAUCCGCCAUCCUCAGCCCUUCCUUUUCACUCGUCCCUUGUCCCCCAUGGUGGCUUUGCAGGCCAGGCAUGCUUUUGUAUAGGGGAGAAAAGACAUGGGAACUAGUCAAGUAGCUACUCUUUAAAAGCACUUUCCUAUGGUGAGAGGGUGCAAUGGGCUGUGAACUGCUGAUGCACCACAAAUACACAUUCCCUUGGAGUAACUGUAAAAGAUGAAGUUGAGCGUUUUGCUCAGGGGUUCCCCAUAAGUCAGGCCCAGGAUCACCAUUUGUUUUGUAGUGUCACUAAGAACUUAGCAGAAGAGGUAAACUCUGGGGAGAGUGUGCUAUGUCAAGAAGCAGUGAGUGUCUUGGUUCUAGAGGGAGGCAGCUCCUAACUUCUGAGUUGUUUCUGUGCAGUGACCUGACCUCUUUCUGUCUUCACAAAGACAUGGGAUGACUAGGCCCCCCACUGUAUCCACAAAGAUUCCUGCCAAACUUAUCCACCAGGGCAUCCACUAUUCUUCCUGUUUGUAGAUUUUUCCAGUGAGGAACUUCAGUGUCUCGGGGUGGAAUGGGUAAAGCUGGAAAAACCCAAAUGAACAGUAAGUCACUGAAGCAGCCCAGAGAGAGCUGCUCCUGGGAGUAACACGAAUUGAGGAGUGGCUGAUGUAAAAUGUGCAUGAAAUAUAAUCCUGGCACUGGAUUCAGAGCCAGCUUGAGAGGUGGAUCUUUGACUUGUAAUGCAAACAAGGCGAGGGUUCCAGAAGGCGAUUGUGGCGUCUCUAGGUGUGCUCCUUUCCUUUCCGAACUCUGCAAAGAAGCACUCUGCACUGGCCAAUUACUCUGCUUUUUGGAUUGAAGUGGCGUAUAUGGUCCUGCCUUGCUAACUUUUUGUUGUUUGAAGCAGUCUGCUGCCUUUUUGAUCUAUAUUAGUCACUUUUUAAAAACUCCCUUCAUGCAGAAGUGCUGAGCGAUUGAAGGCUGUUUCUGCUGUGUAUAUAUCUUGAUGUGGGGCUUUAAUUCACAAACUGUCUUCAUUCUGCUGUCUGAUAAUGUAAUGUCCAAGUUCUGUUCAUAUUAAACCACUGUGAAGCCAAUA